GAUGAUUAAAAAAACGUCUAUUGAUAGAAAAGCUAUUUAUGAUCUAUUCCAAAAUAUAGACAUAAUAUUUGCUUAAGCAUUAAUAUUGAAUUCAUUCCCAUUUAUUCAUGGCAUACCGGAUCAAUAAUAAAUUGAGACCAUUUUGAAUAGAGUGGAUGCUGAAUUAAUAUAAAAUAAAGGUAUAUGGACAGAGGCUUAGGAUUAAUAUUUAUAAAUUAUAGUCUUUGGAACUUGUUUAAAGACUAGAACACGACCAUUAGAUUUGGUAAAUAUAUAGUGUGUUAUAAAUAUAGUCAACAUUGUAAUGGGAUUAAAUCUCUACAAUAUUCAAAUUUCAUAAUUGGAAAGCAUGUAGAAAUAGAUGGUUAAAUGAGAAACGUAAAAAAGUGAACUGGACUCCUUAGGAAGAUUAAGUGCUUAUUUAAUUGUAAUCAUUACAUCCUAACAAAUGGUGUGAAAUAGCUAUAGAAUUAAUGAAAAUCUGUUAAACACCAUAUGUACGAUUAGGUAAAUAAUGUCGAGAUAGAUGGGUUAAUAAGCUAGACCCCAAAAUACUUAAGUAUGAAAAUUUAAAUAUAAAAUAAAAGUGUACCAUGGUAUAAGGAAGAAGAAUUAAGAUUAUUUUAAGAAGUAAAGAAAAGAGGAAAAAGAUGGGCAGAUAUAUCAGCUUAAGUUUUUAAGUUUAGGAGAACAGAAAAUACAAUAAAAAAUAGAUUUUACAAUUUGUUAAAAUAAGAGGAAAAUAGAUAGAGAUUAGGUAGAGUGCCUAAAGAAGAAAGAGAUAUUCUAUUAAUUGAUUCAGUUAUUGAGACAUUAACAAGAGAUUUAAAUAAAUGUGAUAAAUCGACAAGCCAAAAUGAAGCCAAUAUUGAAAAUAAGAAUUUUGAAUUUUUAGAAUUUAACUCAUCAGACCUCUAUGGAUUAGUAAUAAUAAAACACAAGAAAAUAUAAAAAUUAAAUAAUCCAUGA